CCUUCACCACUGUUUCAUUUUUUUUUUUCUUUCUUUCUCUCAUCAGUUUCUAUUCUUCUUUAAUUUUAUUCUUUCUUCUUCCCUUAAAUUAAAUUUUUUUAGCCUUUAAUAAUUAAAUUCUUGGAUGUUUUUGUUUCUCUGCGUUUCACAAAUUCUUGAUUGAUUGGCUAGCUUCUCUUCGAUUAUACAGGUUUUUGUUUAUUCCGAUGACAAGAAUCAAACUUUUUUUUUUUAAUCAUGAUGAUGAUGAGGAAGUUGAAGAAUUUUUUUUCUUUUCUUUCUUGUGUGUGUUUGUAGGAUCUGAAGUAAAGCUAGGGUUUGAUUUUAUUUGUUUUCACAAUUUGUAAAUCGGAUUAAUUUUUUUUUGAUGGGCAAUCUUUAAAGAAAGGUAACAAACGUAUGUUCUUUUAAGCUUCUCUCUUACAAAAGCUUUCUUGUUCUUACAAGAUCCUUUUGGAUAUGUCUUUGAAGUUUGAUAUGUGGUUUCCGUGUUUCAGAGAUUUUGCCUGUUUUUUUUUGCUAAGUUACUCCUUAAAUAUUCAGAUGAAUUGAAUCUUUGACCAUGAUCAGAUCAAACCAAUCUCGUUCGUAACUCCUUUUUUUAUCUCCAAUUAAUAGGCAAAAAAGAUCAUGGAAUUGGAAUCUUCAUCAAAUAUGUAAAGUCUAUCCUCUAGGAUUUAUCUCUUCAGACUUGGUUGACUAUUUAGAGAUUAAAAACUCAAAUCCCUAGGCGUUAUCAUCUGAGUGUGAGAAGAAUCAAUCAACUCCUAUUGGGCUACUUAGAACCAUAGUUUCCUCAAAACAUCUCACUUUCUCAACUUUGUCUCUAGUUGUAUUGUUAUAUGUAUUGCUUAGGACAGUUUCGUCUCGGCUCUUCAUAGCUUUCAGGUCAUUUAGUUUCUCAUUUAUCUGCAGGUUUCUUACUGAAAGUUGAAUACUUUACACUAUUUAUUUACACACACACACUAAAGAAGAUGUUGGGAGGCAACAAUGAGAACCAUGUGCCGCAGGUUCUAAUAAACGAUAGCCAGUUUCAGUACCAGACUAAUACAUCGUUGAAUCAGCUUCACUUGCUCGGGACGAUGAGAGCUGGUUGUACUAUUGAUCCUGUAAACUAUUUUGCUAAUGAUAACCUUGCUCCGAUGAUUCGGCAUAUUAGCAAACGUGGAAGGGAAACCGAGAUCAACGAUAAUAAUAUCCAGAGACAGCAGAAGCUGCAGAUCUCUUUGAACCAUAACUACGACAAGAAUAGUAUUAUUGUUCAAGAUGAAGUCCCAAAGCAGAACUUAGUAGUGUCAACUGGUCUGAGACUAUCUUACGACGACGAUGAGCGCAACUCUUCUGUAACUUCGGCAAAUGGAAGCAUCACAAAUCCAGUCUUUCAGUCACUUGGUGACAAUAUCAGAGUGGACCUCGAUAGACAGAAAGACGAGCUUGAUCAGUUUAUUAAAUUCCAGGCGGAUCAAAUGGUCAAAGGUGUGAGAGAUAUAAAACAGAGACAUGUAAAGUCAUUUUUCACAGCCUUAGAAAAGGAUGUGAGCAAGAAGCUUCAAGAGAAAGACCAGGAGAUUGAAAGCAUGAACAAGAAGAACCGGGAACUCGUGGAUAAGAUAAAACAAGUGGCAGUGGAAGCUCAGAACUGGCAUUACAAAGCAAAGUACAAUGAAUCUAUGGUUAAUGCCUUAAAGGUAAAUUUGCAGCAAGUGAUGUCACAUGGAAACAACAACAAUGCAAUAAGAGUAGUAGCUGAUCAUCAUCAAAUGAAAGAAGGGUUUGGGGAUAGUGAGAUUGAUGACGAGGCAGCCUCAUACAACUACUUGAACAUCCCGGGGAUGGCAAGUGCUGGGAUGAGAUGGAAGUCUUGUAACAUAAAAGAGGUUUCGGUCUUGCUCGUGCCGUGUAGACACUUGAGUUUGUGUAAAGACUGUGAUGUGUUUACUGGUGUUUGUCCUGUUUGCCAGUCUUUGAAAACAUCAAGCGUUCAGGUCUUCUUUUCCUGAGUUCUCCUAAUACUCUUGGAAAGUUAAUGAUGGAGAAACAUGGACAUAUUUUGUAUAUGAUGAUGAUAUUGAUGAUGAUGAUGAUGAGCUCAACAUGAAAAAUUUGCUUGAGUAUCUUUCCUUUUGCUA